UUCUGUUAUAUUUUUAAUUAUACAUUUUACUAACAAGAACUAAUUCCAAUAGUAUCCUUGGCUCUUAGAGGAGACACUGUCAUUAAAAAACCUUGGUCAUCAGUCUGGUGAAUCCCUAUUCUUAGGAUUAGGGUCAUUCCUUUACAUUCUUGUAGAUCUAUUCAUGGUCUGUAUGGUAGAGUGUGUGUGUGUGUUAAAUGACAGGACAGCUGUCUUAGGUGAGGAGUAAGGAGAAACUAUAUUUGGUUUUUACUGUGAUGCAUGGCCUGGUCACAAAAGAGUUUGUACAGAAAAAACAUGUAUUGAGGUUUUCUCAUUUAAUAAUAGUAUAUAUAUUAUUCAUAUAAAUAAGGAAAGGGGUGUUUUCUCUUGAUGUAUUUUGAACAUAUAAGGUUUUGUGAUAAUUUAUGUAUAUUCAUUUAAGGAAGAGUGAUUGUUUUAUAUAUCAGACACCAUUUACAUUAUCCUAAUGAAUGGUCAUUUGGACAUAUGCCAAAAGUAAUCCUCUACUGCCCCCAAGAGGGGUAGAAACUUUGGAAGAAAAUAAAAAAACCUACCACAACCUAUUUCUAGGAAAGUACUAAUAUGGACUUAACCACAAGUGAUGGGAGGAUCUAGAGGUGUUCAAUGCAUUUGUAUUGGACUGAAAAAGUAUAUAAACUGACCUUCAAGCUAAGAAGAUCAGAGAGAGAAAACCAUCAAUAAGAAGGAACAACUCUUCUAAAGGACUUUGUCAUCAAGGACUGCUCUCUCUCUCUCCCAUUACCAGCACAUGAAGAUCAACUAAGGUUGUAUACCUGUUUUGCAAUAACUGAAUUUAUCAAAUAAAUAAUCUUUUCUUUCAAAAGGCAUAAUUCUCUGAAUUUUAUAAAGAAGUACAAAAUAGGAGCAAUAUCCAAUUUUGUUGGCGAGCAGUUAUUUUUCCUACAUAUUUGGCUAAAGCCAGCCAGGUUACAGAAAAUCCUUCAUUUUGGGACACCAAUCCACUCCUCUGAUCAGGUGAUAUCAAUUGUUUUUAAGACUGCAAACACCUGUGGUUUUUUUUUUCAUCUUAAAAAGGGGGGAGAAGACUGUCUGUACUAACCCAAAUCAUACAAGACUAAAGGAUUUUUUGUUUAAAAGAACUGUAUUCUGAAAGCCCAGGAAGAGGUUUUCUAGAGUAAGGAAAAGGCCCAACAGAGAGAUUUCCUAGUUCUGCUGUUAAGCCCAGGAAGAGGUUUACAGAACAAAAGGGAAAAGAGCCUAGGAGAGGUUUUUCACAUUGUACUGAAAGCCCAGGAAGAGGUUUACAGAACAAGAGAAAGCCCAGGAAAGGUUCCAAAGCCUGAACUGAAGGCCCAGGAGAGGUUUUCAGGAAAAGAAAAGAAGAAAAUCAGUGGCCACUGUACAAUUUUCCCUUGGAUCCAGGUAGAGAUUCAAGAGGCGCAGCUGCCAAGGUUUCCUUGAGUGUACAUAAAGAGGAAAGUCUGUGGAGCUACGAAAGACAUACCAGGAAAUGGCGAUAUAUGGAAAAAACAACUUUUAUAACAACAGGAGGAGAACAUAUCGGAUUUUAAAAUGGGAUUCUAUGGAUUCUGUGGUUGAAUCAGAGGUUAAAGGUGAAUUAUGUGUAGGAAGCGAGAAGGGUCCAGUAUUAACAUGUUGUGUAAAAAUACAAUUUAGUAAAGGAGAUGAAUUAAAUGUUAAUGUAACAGUUGGACCUAGAGGAAAAUAUCAAUGGAUGAAAGGGUUUUAUAUGCAUAAUAAUGAAUACAGGGCUAUGGAAUGCAACAUUGAGGAAAAGGUUUUCUGGACCAUGUUUAUAAAAGGUCACCAACCCAUUAAAGUAAACAGUAGUCCAGAAAUAGGUGAAACCCCUUUAACAAAACAAGGAAGUUUACAACCUCUGAAUAUUUAUGAUGUACGAUCUUGGAUAAAAUAUGUUGAACCUGAGAAAAUACAAGAAAAUAAUAUUUCUAGUGAUGAUAUUAGUAACAGAGAAUGGCAGAUUCAAAUUAGUAGAGAAUUUGCAUCAGUAAAAUUAGGAUUAAUAUUUACUGAAGUUGAGAUUGUGUUUCCAAAUGUGAAUGUAUGGCCAAAAAAUAUAAAUGUACAAGAAGGCCAUAACAUACGAUUAAGUUGUAAUGUGCAAUUACAGUUACCUUAUGGAUCCACAAUGUCAUGGUCAAAAGGUAAUGAUUUUCGGGGUAGUGUAUCCUAUGGUUCGCAGGUUGUUAUACAUAAAGGCAUAGUUGGGAAAGUGGAAUGGUCUAAACAAAAUUUCACUUAUAGUCUAACAAAUUUGAAAGUAUCAGAUCAAGGGGAAUAUCAAUGUUGCAUAAACAUAGUAAAUCAGGAAAGAUGUAGCCAAGUCAAGAUUGUGGUCAAUCCUCACCCUGCGAAUAUAACUUGUGUAAAUAAGUCAUUUAUUCCAUCAAGUCCAUUUCAGAUAAAUUAUUUCCAUUCUAAACCUUUGUUAAUGAAUGGACAGUUUAUGACCAUAAUGUGGCAUUUUAAUUUAUCUAAUUGGAAAAUUUCAUCGAGAUUUCCACAGUGUAGCAAAUAUCUUAUAAAUAUGGAACAAGGUAUGGAGAAUUGGUUUGGUAAAAUGAGUAAAAAUAUAACCAGAUCAAAGAGAGAUUUAAUAGAAAAGGUACUUGGAGGUAUAGGUACUUUGGGUACUAUAACCAAUAGUAUGGGAAUAAGUUCCCUACAGAAGAAUUUAGAAAAUGUUGGAUUGUUGGACAGCAAAGCAAUGUAUGUUCAAAGAGGAUUGAAUCAGAUUCUAAAUAAUAUGAUUGUGGAAAACAGCUUCUGUUUUCGGCCCUUCUGUAUUACACCUCCAAGACAUAACAAUAGGUCUAUUGAAUAGUGAGAACGCUGCACAAGUUUCAAGAAUUUGUAUGGAAAUCCAAAUGGAAUAUUCGACUGAUUUUAAAGUUAUUGCACAAGCUUUGCAGGGUGGAAUUUCUCCUUUAGGCAUUAGGAAUAGUUUACCCAAAGAAUAUAAAAUAGCCUUAAAUCAUGUAGAUUUAUGGGUGAAUAAAUGGAUUGGGUGUAAAAAUUCUGAAUGCCUAGGAACAUCAUUAAUACCCAUAGCAGGGGAAGAAGUACCAUUAUACUCCAUGAGUGUUUUAGGAAUUCCUAUAAGCCAGUCCCAAUUAUUAUAUUAUAAUCUACAGUUUAAUGAUUUUAUUGUAAAUUCAACAGCUGAAAACCCGGUUCAGGUGGAUUUGUCUGCAUGUUUACGGUUUAAUUCAAAGGUAUUAUGUUUACCUCACCAGUUAAGACCAAUUUAUCAUUCAUGUUUUCAUAAUCAUUCUACUUGUACUGCAAGAAUUGAAGAUAUGAAGUCUCCUUUUGAAUUGGUAACACCUUUACAAGAAACAAAAGUUUGUUUACAGGUAAUGGCUAAAACUGAAUUAGUAAAGGUAUAUUUUUCCACUUGCACAGAGAUAGCGGAAUUGGAAAGAGGGUUAUAUUGUAUAGAUAAAAGUCCUUUAGGAAUACUUUUACAAGGAAUUCUGGUUAAUAUUCCUCAAAUAUUAACAACAGAUAUAGCUUCAAAUCCUUUUCAAUUUAAUAUCUCCCUUACAAAUGAGUUUCCAUGGUUAGAGUGGGCAAAACAAAUUCAGAAAGAUGAAGGCCUAUUGCAUAUGUUGGGAAAAAGGUUACAAAAGACAGAAAUUAUUUUCCAGCAUGAGCAAGGGAAAUUAAAGGAGAUAGAACAUGAAUAUUCAGAGAUGUCUGGGUCUUCCUGGUGGAGGAAGAUGACAAAAUCAGUAAACAUGUGGUCAAAAACAUCUGUAGGAACAGCUGUUGGAAAUAUUCUCAUUCACCCAUUAGUUAUUUUGUUAUUGAUUAUAUUAUUUUGUAUAGGAUUACAAAUGUUUGUAAUGUGUAAAACUCGAUACAUGUAUAAUCAUUUAAAAGAAGUUAUUGAACAGAGCGGAAUAAUUUUCAAGCAAAUGGUAUAUAGGAAGGCCGAACCUCCAUGCCUCUUAGCUAAAACAGCUGAUUCAUGUCAAGUUUAAAUGUGAUACGGAAGGUGUAUGGAUGAAUUUUCCCAUUUCAGACCAUGAAAAGGGGGACUGUAAGAUUCUGUUAUAUUUUUAAUUAUACAUUUUACUAACAAGAACUAAUUCCAAUAGUAUCCUUGGCUCUUAGAGGAGACACUGUCAUUAAAAAACCUUGGUCAUCAGUCUGGUGAAUCCCUAUUCUUAGGAUUAGGGUCAUUCCUUUACAUUCUUGUAGAUCUAUUCAUGGUCUGUAUGGUAGAGUGUGUGUGUGUGUUAAAUGACAGGACAGCUGUCUUAGGUGAGGAGUAAGGAGAAACUAUAUUUGGUUUUUACUGUGAUGCAUGGCCUGGUCACAAAAGAGUUUGUACAGAAAAAACAUGUAUUGAGGUUUUCUCAUUUAAUAAUAGUAUAUAUAUUAUUCAUAUAAAUAAGGAAAGGGGUGUUUUCUCUUGAUGUAUUUUGAACAUAUAAGGUUUUGUGAUAAUUUAUGUAUAUUCAUUUAAGGAAGAGUGAUUGUUUUAUAUAUCAGACACCAUUUACAUUAUCCUAAUGAAUGGUCAUUUGGACAUAUGCCAAAAGUAAUCCUCUACUGCCCCCAAGAGGGGUAGAAACUUUGGAAGAAAAUAAAAAAACCUACCACAACCUAUUUCUAGGAAAGUACUAAUAUGGACUUAACCACAAGUGAUGGGAGGAUCUAGAGGUGUUCAAUGCAUUUGUAUUGGACUGAAAAAGUAUAUAAACUGACCUUCAAGCUAAGAAGAUCAGAGAGAGAAAACCAUCAAUAAGAAGGAACAACUCUUCUAAAGGACUUUGUCAUCAAGGACUGCUCUCUCUCUCUCCCAUUACCAGCACAUGAAGAUCAACUAAGGUUGUAUACCUGUUUUGCAAUAACUGAAUUUAUCAAAUAAAUAAUCUUUUCUUUCAAAA